GUUGACUUUUCAGUUCAAACAAAAUGAGGUCAAUCAUUUUUUGGUGUUUUCAAAAUUGAUAAGAUGCAUAAAGUUCUGCAUAAGAGUGUAUACUUCUUAAUAUCGCUAGCCAUAAAUUAUACGUUGCACAUUUUGAUUUAUUUAGCCCUUUGUGACAGGGGAGAUAAACCUUGUUACCUAUUUCCUUAAGUAGAUCGAGAUAAAUAUAUUAAUUAUCACGACCGUAGUAACAUGGAUGGUUUCUAUUAUCAUGGAGACAUAGAAUAUAUAACGGAGAUACUUAAAAAUCGUUUGUACUUUGCAGUACUCGAAAAAAGCGAAAGUAUUGAACUCCAGAGCUCAUUGGAAACAUUUUAUUUUUGUACUGAUAGCGAAUACGUUUAUUUGAAUUUUUAUCACGACUUUGGCCCUUUAAAUAUUUCAUGUCUUUUCAAAUAUUGCUACAAACUUAAUCAGUUACUAAAGAACCCGAUCCAAGGAAUCCAGCGAUUUGUACAUUAUUCGUCGAAAGAUCCCAACAAAAAAACGAAUGCAAGCUUUUUGAUUGGCAGUUAUGCGAUACUUUAUCUAAAUAUGGACCCUAAAGAAGUUUAUCAAAGGCUCUAUAGCGCUGGAGGAACUUUCAAGCCUUUCGUGGAUGCUUCACAGGGUCCAUCUCCGUAUACCAUUUCGAUAAUGGACUGCUUUAGAGCGAUUAAGAAGUGCUCUUCGUUGAAUUUUUUUAAUUUUGACGACUUUAGUGUUGCGGAGUAUGACAAUCACGAUAAACUUGUGAAUGGUGAUAUGAAUUGGCUGGUACCUCUAAAAUUUUUGGCGUUUAUAGGACCAACGGAAAUCGAAAGUACAGCAGACUGUUUCAACGGCCACAAUCCUAGCUUUUACAUAAAUUAUUUCAUUACUAAUGAUGUAAGAACGGUUAUUCGGUUAAAUAACAGGGUUUAUAACGAGUCAGCUUUUACUAAAGCUGGUAUUGAGCACUACGACUUGUUUUUCCCUGACGGUACCAUUCCCCCAAAGCAUAUUUUGUUGAAAUUUUUGGACAUUGCCGAACAUGCACCCGCUUCUAUAGCAGUGCAUUGUAAGGCCGGAUUGGGCAGGACCGGAUCUCUGAUAGGAGCCUAUAUCAUUAAACACUAUCAUCUAACGGCUAGAGAAGCAAUUUCCUGGAUGCGCAUUUGUCGUCCUGGGUCCGUUAUAGGGCCCCAACAAGAUUGGCUCGAAAAAAUUGAAAAAUGGCUUUGGAAACAGGGUAGUCACUACAGAAAUCGUCAUUUUGGAGACGGUGACAAAAUACCCUUUCACAAAUAUGGCAUCUACAGUAUAAAGUGGAUGAACGAGCGCGAUAAAGGCCUCCGAGACGCAAAAAAAGACACGGCUAAAAGGAGAAGCGUUUGCGACGAAGUGAACCAAAUGUCCACUCAAAACAAGGUCUUCGCCCAGAAGCAGAGCAUUGAAAGGAAAAAAAUGUUAUUGAACCAAAAAGAAGAAGAAUUGAGGCGUCUUUCGAAUCUGUUAUACAAGGUCCAAACGAAGCAGAAAACGAGAAGGAAAGGUGAUGACGAAUUCGCAACGAACCCCUCAGCUUCCCCAGUCGAUAUUGACAACAGACUAAGAAGAAGUAAAACAGCGGCAGUUAAAAGAGGAGACAGGGAGAUGGACGUACCGUUGGAAUACAUGGGACAACUUAAACGCAGGAUUACCACCGCGAUAACUAAUCGAAACUCUGCCCAAAAUCAGAUAUAUUCUUUUGAGCAAAUCCCCAUGACGCCAUUGUGCAGCUCCAUGAAGACAGGACGAAGACGCGACUAUCCUGAUGGACAUAAAAAACAUGCAACACAAGGUGAUAAGUUGAACGAUAUCAAAAUUAAAAGGUUUAUCGAGAGAAUAGGAUCGGCGAAAUCCAGCGGCAGACCACAACAAGUUGAUGUAGGAAUGGAAAGGAGAGAAUUUUCCACAAUGGAUAACAAGAAACCUGGUAAAAUUGCCAGUAAUUUACUGAAGAAACUACCCAUCAUCCAACGUUCUAGACGAAGUGAUAUGAUUGCUUGAAGAAAUUAUAAAUCCGAAAAAAUUUAAGUAAUAGAAAGAAAAAAUAAUUUUUGAUUCUUAUCAAGUGCAGUAAUAGGUAUUACAAUGUUUUACUUAUGCAUAUUAAAGAAAUUAUCAAUUUAAGUAUCAAAAUUUGAAUGUAACUUAUAAAGUUGUUGCGAAGAACAAAUGUACACAUGACAUUUAAAAUAUAUUUUUAUAC